CUAACGGUAUAUAAAUGAAGCUUAACACUCGGAGCAACACCACAACAACUCCCUCAACAGUCAGCUGAAGUUGUAAAGACUUGAAGGUGUGAUCACUGUAACCAUGCUGAAGGAAGUAAUUGUGUUUGGAUGUCUCCUGUGCCUUGCACUGGCUCAACCUAUGGAGAUGGAGCAUCAGCGAUUUGCUCGGUCAAGCUCUGAUUCUGGCUCUAACUCUGACUCUAACUCUGAUGAGCAAACCACCACCACCACCACCACCACCACUACAACUACAGCAGCUUCAACAGUGUCUACACAGCAGCUCCUCCAGCUCCUUCUUGCCAUCCUACAGACACAAACUACUACUGCAGCACCAGCUACAACUACGACUGCAGCCGCUACUACUACUACCGCAGCUGCUACUACUACUACUGCUGCUGCUACUACUACUACUGCUGCUGCUACUACUACAGCAUAAAAUAUAGAAUUUAACCAGUUAUCAAAAAGUGAUUGGAAACCAGUGUUGAAUAACAUUAGCUUUGUUUUGAGUCAGUUUGUCAUGAAGACUGUUUUCAUCUAUUGUCAACUUUCAACAGUGUUGUCUAUUACAGAGUGUUGUGACAAAUAUCAUUUUUGUUAAAUCACACAUGUGGAUCAAAAUCACUGUACUCUCUGUAUUAUCUGCUAAAUAAACUUCAUAGACACAAA